CGUGACGACCUGUGCUCGAUCGCCGCCGCGUGCACCUGCUCCCGUGAUAAGUGCUGACCGCCGGCUGGUAAUUGGUGCCGUGUUCCACCGCCGGCUGGUAGCCACCAGAGAUACGGCGCGCCGCCGGUGGGGCGGCGAUGUGUCGUGACCGGGCCGCCGUCGGCUGAGGCGCGCGAGCGGUCGCUGCGGGCACCGAGUGACCUGACCCCGCCGGGUCACGCCCUGUCGGCGGCUGCGCAGUGGGAGCGCGCCGGGCGCGACCGGACGCGAGUGAUGCACUGUUGGAAGUGACCCCGCCGCCGUCCCCACCCAUGAACACCAUGGCCAGACUGGCGCAGCCCGAGGACUACGGCGGCUCGCUGUACGACUACGACGACGGGAGCAUCGGCGGUUAUGAUCUGGUGGAUGCGGACCGAGCUUCGCUGGGUCCCCACCAGGUGACACUGCUGCGCCGCUCUCAGGCCGACAGCUUCGGCUUCACUUUACGCCACUUCAUAGCCUACCCGUCGGACGACUUCGAACAGACGGGCGAGGAGCAGAGCGAGCCACUGGACACCAUCUUCGUGAGCGGUGUGGUGGAGGGCGGCCCAGGCCACCUGGCCGGCCUCCAGAUCGGCGACCGCGUGCUGAACGUGAACGGCCUGCCGGUGUCGCGGCUCCGCUACGCGGACGUGGUGCGCGAGGUGCAGGCCAGCGGCAGCACACUCUGUCUACAGGUGGAGCCGCGAGACAACGAUGAGCUGCAGCUGGCGUUCGGCGAGACGGCCCAUCACCCCGUGUCGAACCUGAACAUGAAGCCGACGUUCUCGCACCUGCCGCGGCCGCAGCCGUACCGGCCGGCCGGGGGCGCCGCGCUCGGCCUCGGUCAGCAGGCGGCGGUGGCGGCGGCGGCGCCGCACGUGCCGCUGGGCGCGGCCGAGGACAGCGCCAGCCUGGCCGGCGACCGGGCGCCGGGUGCGGCGGCGCGCCGGCCCUCCACGCUCUCCACGCUGUCGCUGCAGAUGCCGCCGACGUGUGGCCCCACCGAGCCCGUCAACACCAACGACCCCGUGUACUCACGCAUCCGAAAGGCGGUGGAGACGAAGGCUGAGUUCCUGAGCCGGCCGGCGCAGCCCGUCUGGCAGCCACAGCAACCGCAGACGCCCGUCGUGCGCGAGUACCACGUGAACCCGGCGCGCUUUUCCGCGGCCGCCGUGGCCGCCGGCCGCGCCCUGACCGGCUCGCUUUCGCUCAGCUCGAGCGCCGACAGCCUCGCCUCGCAGGCGGGCGGCGUACCGAACGCCACGGCGCGGCCGUACCGGGCCGCCUCGACCGAACCGGGCCUGCCGUCGCCCGAGUACGUGCAGUACGACGCCGUGACGCAGGUGCCGCGCGCCAAGGUGCCGCCGCCCGACCACAAGACGCACAUCGUGUCGAAGCGCGCGCGCCAGUUCGAGACGGGGCACGUCGACAACGACACGUACUCCGGCCGUCGCCGACUGCAGAGUGUCAUGUCCGACCCCGAGCUGGACCUGACGCUGCUGGAGCGGGCGCGCGAACACGAGGAGCAGUACCGCCGCCACCGCUACCGCCGCUCGCACAGCGACGCCGGCAACUACGUCACCAACCUGGCCGUGCUGCUCAAACACUCGGGGUCGGAGGACGCGCCGGUCCGGCCGCCCCGCAGCGGCAACAGGAUGGUGAUCGUGGGCGGGCCGCGGCUGCACGCCGAACCCCUGCACGAGAGCAUGUACCGCGCCACGGACCGUCGGGGCGCAGAGGUGGGGCCGAAGCAGCCGCUGCGGGGCCGCUCGGACUCGACCGACUCCCAGGGGCUCGGCUGGCCGUUCGUCAUCGACACGGGCCGGCCGCUCUCCAAGAUCUCCGAGGCCGAGCUGGAGCCGUCGCCCGAGAACGACCGCAAACGCAACAGCGCCGAGCUCAUAGUCGCCCAGGUGGAGAAGAAGCCGAAGGAGUCACCGCCGGCCGCCCCCCAGGUGGCCAUGCGGAGUCGACACCAGCACCGCGCGCUCCGACAGCCCUCCUAUAUCGCGGCCGUGAAGACCCCCACCCCCGAGGCCCAGGCCAAGUAA